GGGAGGAGGGGUGUCAAAGCUUAGGGAAGCGGCUGUGGGCACCCUGGGAUUUCCCAGAGUCGCCAGGUCCCACUUUGAGGAUGGAGCUGUCGCGGGGAGCCAGCGCCCCAGACCCGGAUGAUGUCCGGCCUCUGAAACCGUGUCUGCUACGCCGCAACCACAGCCGAGAUCAGCACGGCGUGGCAGCCUCCAGUCUCGAGGAGCUGAGGAGCAAAGCCUGUGAACUACUGGCCAUUGAUAAGUCCCUGACACCGAUCACCCUGGUCCUGGCAGAGGACGGGACAAUAGUAGAUGACGAUGACUAUUUCCUCUGCCUCCCUUCCAAUACGAAGUUCGUGGCGUUGGCCUGCAAUGAGAAGUGGAUAUAUAACGAUUCGGAUGGGGGAACAGCUUGGCUUUCCCAAGAGUCCUUUGAGGCAGAUCAGACAGACAGCGGGGCAGGGGUGAAGUGGAAGAAUGUGGCCAGGCAGCUGAAAGAAGAUCUGUCCAGCAUCAUCCUUCUGUCAGAAGAGGACCUCCAAGCUCUCAUCGACAUCCCGUGUACAGAGCUGGCUCAGGAACUCUGCCAAAGCUGUGCCACUGUCCAAGGCCUGCAGAGCACACUCCAGCGGGUGCUUGACCAGAGAGAGGAAGCCCGGCAGUCCAAGCAGCUCCUAGAACUUUAUCUCCAGGCCUUGGAGAAAGAGGGCAGCAUCUUGUCCAACCAGAAAGAGUCCAGAGCUGCCCUCAGUGAAGAGCUGGAUGCAGUCGACACAGGCGUCAGCAGAGAGAUGGCCUCAGAAGUGAUGCUCAACAGCCAGACCUGUACCACACUAAAGGAGAUGGCUGCUCCAGAGCUGAGUUUAUCUAGUCAGGAUUUGGAGUCUGUCUCCAAGGAGGACCCUAAAGCCCUGGCUGUCGCUCUGAGCUGGGACAUAAAGAAGGCAGAGACAGUCCAGGGGGCCUGUACCAGGGAGCUCGGCCUGCGCCUGCAGCAAGUGCAGAGCUUGCAUUCACUCAGGAAUCUUUCGACAAGGAGGAACCCACUGCCCGGGGAACCGCAGCAUCCCAAACGAGCCAAACGAGACUCCUCGUAGCCAAACCAGAGACAAGCUUUGCAGAGGACCUUGGUUCUGCUGUCAGUAAACACCUUUCCAUGAUCUCAUUACCGCCUACUCCCCUCCACCUCCUGCCCCGCUCUGUGCUCUUCUAGCUCCAGAAGAGCAGUUCCACGCCUAUGCAUCUACGCCUCUACCUCCUUUUAAUGUACUGGGAUUUCCGUUUUGUUUUCUUAUCUGUAGGAGAGUUUUGCCUGCAUGUGUACCUGUGUACCUCAUGUCCAUGAAGGCCAGAAGAGUGUCAGGUCCCCUGGAACUGGAGUUACAGCUCUCGGCAGCCAUGUGGGUGCUGGGAAUCAACUCUGGCUGUUCUGGAAGUAUGGCCAGUGCUCUCAGCCACUGAGCCAUCUCUCCAGCCCCCAGAAUGUGCUUAACGUGUGUUAGGCCUUAGGUUCUGGUGAAAGUACUAGUCAAGGGCAGUGAAAACCUGUCAUAUACUUUGAACCUGAUGUCCUUACUCUACAACUUGAAUAAUAGAGCUUUAGACACACAUGGUAGAGAAAAGGCGCCCAGCAGCAGCCACUGUGGCCAUGAACUUCUCUAGUUAAUAAAUGCAGUUGCUGUUAAAGGCACAUACUACAUUUGUGGACCCCAGGGACAUGGAGACUAACCCACCAUGUCUAAUAUCUAACUCAGUGAUGUGAAGCUUUACCGCUGUGAAAUUCCAGUCCAUUUUCUAAUAUGUUUUGCCAGCGGGGGGUAGAGAGAGUCAUUAAGUGAGGCCCAUGCUCUGUGACUCAGGUCUCUCUCUGCAGACCUGGGCACUUCCAGUUCUUCUCUGCAGUCUCUGCUUGGAGUUCUGCAACUUCUGCAAUCUACAGUGUUGUCUGCUUUCAGGGAAGGGACGCCUAGUGUGACUUUUACACGAGCUGGGAGAAAACAGUGCUAUCAAGAGUCUCCAGCCCACUUACUUCUUCUUUCGUGUGUGUGUGUGUGUGUGUGUGUGUGUCUGUCUGUCUGUCUGUCUGUCUGUCUGUCUGUCUGUGUGUCUGUGUGUUCUGGGUACUGGGGAUUGAACUAGAGCUUCAUACAUAGAUGCUGAGCACGUGUUCCCUAGAGCUUCAUACAUAGAUGCUGAGCACGUGUUCCCUAAUGAAGCACACCCCAGCCUCACAUUGACAAAGAAAUGUAGCAUUAAGUCUCAGGGUAAAAGUGGGGUGCACAGAGCAGAUAAAAAUAAUUGUUUCCUUGCUAUGGCGGGAGUCAGGUCUGUCGGCAGCUUUUCCAUCUUGUAGUGCCUGACAGCACCAGUUCCAAAUGUUGUUAUCAACACUCCUCCCACAUUUUUGUGGUGCCUCAAGCCUUAAAUAAAAGCCAUUGCUGAUGUUAACUCCAGUAGUCCCCUCCCACAUCUCUGCGGUGCCUUGAAAUCCUUAAAUAAAAGCUCUCGUUAAUCGCC